AUGAAGUCAAGCUUUGUCAGUGCCAUCUUGGCAUCCUUGGCCAUCGUCAAGGCUUCCGCGGCUCCUUCGCCUGCCGAUCCCUUCGACUUUGGCAUCAAGACAAACCUCGUCUACCCGAGAACGAACAAUGGUGGCAAUCAGUACGAUAGCAGUAGCAGCAAUGCCAAUGGCAAGCACCUCAGCUCCAAUGGCUCAUCGGUGGCGGGCUACCGGCCUCCCGUCUACACUGAGCCAAUUCGACCUCAAAUCCACUUCUCGCCCACGGUCAACUUCAUGAACGAUCCCAACGGUCUUGUCUACAGCAAUGGAACUUGGCAUCUCUUCUACCAGUACAACCCUACCCAGAACAUCGCUGGUAACCAGCACUGGGGCCACGCCAUCUCGGAUGACUUGUACCACUGGAAGAACCUCCCCAUCGCCAUCGCUCCUGAGAAGGAGGGCGAGGGUAUCUUCAGUGGCAAUGCUGUCAUCGAUUUUGAAAACACCACUGGCUUCUUCAACGAGUCGACUCCCAAGGAUCUGCGCAUUGUCGCCAUGUACACGCUCAACACACCCACCUCGCAGACACAGCACCUCGCUUACUCGUCCGAUGGUGUCACCUUCACAAAGUAUCCCGAUGCUGUCAUCUCGCGCAAUCAGACGCAGUUCCGUGACCCUAAGGUCUUCUGGGACGAGAAGUCUUCGCGCUGGAUCGUCGCCCUGGCCCUGUCUCAGAAAUUCGGCAUUGUCUUCUACGCUUCGCCCGACAUGAAGAACUGGACCGAGGUUAGCCGCUUCCAGUCGUACGGUAUCCUCGGCUACCAGUACGAAUGCCCCGAUCUCUUCCAGGUCCCUGUUGAGGGCGGCCCCGACGAUGGCAAGAUGAUGUACGUGCUUGCCAUCUCGAUCAAUCCUGGUGCUCCUCAGGGUGGCUCGUUCGUUCAGUACUGGGUCGGUGACUGGGACGGCACCAAGUUCACCCCUCGUGACAACGCUGUCAGGAGCAUGGACUUUAGCAAGGACUUCUACGCCUUCUCGAGCUGGAGCAACAGCCCUGGUAACAAGGCUUAUGCGGUGGCGUGGGCCAGCAACUGGGAAUACGCUCAGGUCGUUCCCACAUCUCCUUUCCGUUCGAUCCAGUCUCUUCCCCGUGAGCUUACACUCAAGUACUACCGAACCACGCCUCAGUUCGGUGACUUGAUUCUCAACAACCGUCCGGCCAACCUUUCCGUCAUCCCCAGCCAGAAGCUAUACUCGCACAAGAACCACCACAACAGCGGCAACAAGACUGUUCAGCUCAAAGGCAACGGCGCUUUCGACGUCCAGGCUACCUUCAAGCUCCCCGCCAACACCAAUAUCACGUACAACACCAUCGCUUCGUUCGAGUUCUUCUCCGCUGACGGCAAGCAGAGCGUCAAGACCGGCAUCCAGAUGGGUGAGCCAGCAUUUGCAUUCAUCGACCGACGCAACGCUGGACCCUCGUUCGCAGCGAGCAACCCCUUCUUCACCGACAAGACAUCGGGGAUCAUCCGCUACGACGCCAACUACGCCGGCUCCAGCAACACUGGCGGUGACCAGAAACAGUACAUUCUUGGACCUCUUCUCCCUUCGGCCUAUAUUGAUGCUGAGGGCAAGGACCAGUACAUUACGCUGCAGGCUGUUGUGGACAGGUCGGUGAUCGAGGUGUUUGUUAACGAUGGUGAAUUGGCGGGCACUUCGGUGUUCUUCUUUGAGAACGACCAGAUUCCGUCGAAGCUCAAGGUGUCAAUUGGCGACAACAAGCUCCAGGUGGUUGACCUCGAGGUCAAGGCACUCAAUUCGAUCUGGAGAGACUGCAAGAAAUAA